AUGAAAAGAUUGGAUGUUGGAUAUGUACGUCAAGAUGUAUGCCGGAAAGAAAUGGAAAAACAAUGGAACGAAAUUAACCUUCAAAAUCGUCAAAUUGUCGAUAUAUCCAUCAAUGAUCAAAACCAAAUAGAUUUAAUUUUGCCAAUUAUUGAAGCCAAAAAACGUAUUAUGCAUUCAUUUAAUGAUUUGGAUGAUAUAUUUCUUCACGGACCAAUUUUGUUUGAAGAAAUAAUUUUAUCCAAUUUUAAUAUUUUUCGCUUAGUUGAUCAUUUUUCGCCAAAUCCAUGUGCAAUAUCUUUUGAUGAACUAAAAAGUUGGGAAUCUUCAUUUAAGAAUGAAGGAAUGCUAAAUAAUCGUUUUUAUAAAUUUAUUUUAGUUGACAGACUUUUGUGUUUUGGUAUAGCUAAAUCUAUGCCUGUUUUUGAAAAAUUGACUUUAUCUGAUCAGGUGUUUAUAUAA